AUGGAGGUGGGGAAGAGCGAGAAGGGAGCGGAGGAGGAGGAGAAGGGAGAGACGGUAGCGGGGAAGGGAGAGAAGGGAUCGGCGGUGGCGGGGAAGGGAGAGACGGUAGCGAUGGCGGCGGGGAAGGGUGAGAAGGGAUCGGCGGUGGUGGGGAAGGGAGAGAAGGGAUCGGUGGCGGCGGGGAAGGGAGAGAAGGGUCCGACGGUGGCGGAGAAGGGGAAGGGAGUGGCGGAGGAGGCGGGGAAGGAGGUGGCCGACGGGGAUAUGAUCACCCUGAAGAGCUGGGAUGGGAAGCCGUUCAAGGUUUCGAAGGAGGCCGCGGCGCGGCUGUCGAAGCACCUCGCCGAGAAGAUCGCAGGAGGCUGCAGCGACGGCGGCAUCGAGCUCGAAAACAUCGGCCCCGAGGCCCUCGAGAAGGUGGUCGACUACUGCAACAAGCACGAUCCCUACGCCGCGGCCAGCAGCAGCCGCCGCAGCUUCUACACCGCGCCAUCCAAGGAGCUGGAGGAGUGGGACCGCAAGCUCGUCGACCGCCUCAGCCAGGACGCCCUCUUCGACCUCGUCGAGGCUGCCGACUCCCUCAAGAUGGACGGGCUGCUCGACGUCACCUGCCGCAAGCUCGCCGACAUGAUGAAGGGCAAGACCACCGCUCAGAUCCGCGAGACAUUCAACAUCGAGAAUGACUUCACAAAGGAGCAGGAGGAGGAGAUUCGCCGGGAGCACGCCUGGGCCUUCAAAAUCUAG